AUGUUUAAAAUUAUUUCUGUGAUAUUGCAGAAAAUAAUUGUAAAAAUUAUUCUGGAAUUUUUUCUAAUUGUGCAGAUAAUCAAAAUUAUGCAAUCAGAUUAAGCAGAUCAUUGA